UAUUAUUAUUAUUAAUUAGCCAUUUAGCAGAUGCUUUUAUCCAAAGCAUUGAGGGGGUGAACUAUGCAUCACAACUGCAGAGUCACUUACAAUAGCACCUCGGUUUACAGCUUAUCCAAAGGACGGAGCACAAGGAGGUUCAGUGACUUGCUCAGGGUCACACACAGGGAGUCAGUGGCUGAGCUGGGAUUGAACCAGGAACCUCCUGGUAACAGGCCCCUUUCUUUAACCACUGGACCACCAAGCCUCCUGGGCAAAAUAUAGUAAACUAUAGUAAAUGCCUAGUUCUUAGAUUUAAUGUAAAGUUUGGGGACCCCUGCUCUAAACUUGAUUUAAUUCAUCAAAAUGGGCUUAAAAAAACCAGCAGGAAUUCAGUUAAUUUAGAAAUACUAAAAUAAACUAAAUGAAUUAAAUGACAAAGAUUUCGACUAGAAGUCUUUUCAAUGUCGUCAAAUAGACUCUUCUCCUGGGAAAGACUUCCAGUCUAAAUGUUUGCCAUUGAAUUUCCAUUGAAGACACCCAUGAGAAAGACUUCUAGUUAAAGGUUCUGUAUGAAAUAUGAGCUCGCCAGUAGCUUGAUAUCUCCCUUCAGUGCUGCCAGCCAGGUGCUUGUUCCCUGAAGUCAGGAAGUGGGUUUGUAAUUUGCAUGAGUGUGGAAGAACCUCCACUGGGGCCGUUCAGAGCAGCGUUGUGGAGGAUUCAAAUCCUGAGCCUCAGAAAUGGAGGAAGACCAAGCCAGUAAGAAUAACGGUACUUCAGGAUCCACACUCCAGGAGUCCAGAGUCUUCUCCCAACUGAUCUCCUUGAGGGAAAACGCUCUGCUCUUCAACCUGAUUGGAGCCAGAUGUCUCGCCCUGGCUUCAGCUGUGGUUCAGGUGUACCUCGCGCUGCCUCCGGACAGGAGCAGCUGGAUGAAGUGUCACUGUGGAGUGGUGUGUUUAAUUAAAGAUUACAACGAGCGCUCCUACUUCCUGCGGCUUUACAGCAUCAAGCAGAAAGCAAAGCUGGUCUGGCAGCAGGAGCUGUACAUCCACUUUGAAUACUCUGCACUGAAGCCCUACUUCCACACCUUCCUGGGAGACGUGAGUACCCCUCCCAUCACCUCCCAGUUUGAAUACUCCGCACUGAAGCCCUACUUCCACACCUUCCUGGGAGACGAGUGUCGGGCGGCACUGAACUUUGCAGAUGAAGGAGAAGCUGACAAGUUCAAAUCCGUUAUUGAAGCCAGAAUCAGACGCUGUAAUAAAAUCAAACGCACGCAAAGUCAGAUGCACCAGGCUUCACCUCUCUCUACACGCAUGGGGCCUUCAAAGAGCAUCACCCCGACUGGGUACCGGAGUCUGGGUUCCUUCGCUGAGAAAGGCAGGUCCAGCAACAAGAGGAAACUGAAAAAAGCCGAUAUCGGGACGCCGAGUGACUUCAAGCACGUGGGCCAUGUUGGGUGGAACCCCAGUUCUGGGUUUGACAUCAAUCACCUGGACUCGGACCUGAGGCAGCUCUUCAGUCAGGCGGGGAUCCAGCAGCGGCACCUCCAGGACCUCUCCACCUCCCAGCUGAUCUACGAGGUCAUCGAGCUGCAGGGAGGGAUGGAGGCGGUGCGGCAGGAGAUCCGGAGACAGGGUUCCAUGGCAUCUCGAGCUCUUGGCAGAUCCGCUCCCCCUCUUUCCUCUCCACUAAACUCCCUGGAACCGGAUCAACCCACCUUGCUGUCGCUAAAGGGCCCCCUUCCUCCCCUGCCCUCCCAGAGAGAGUGGCGCCCCCCCAUAGCAUCCUCGACCACCUUCAGGGUGCGAGGGGUCCUGCCCCCGCUGAAGAGAGGCUCUCUCUCUGCACUGUUCACUGACGAGGCCAUCCCCCCUCCCCCCUCCACUCCUCCUCCCCCUCCCCCCUCCACUCGUCCUCCCACUGCACACAGCUCUGCACCCCCUGCGCCGCUAUACCCUCCCUGUCCUCCCAUUGCACCCCCUGCACCGCCACACCCUCCCACUGCACAGAGCUCUGUGCCCCCCACGCCACCACACCCUCCCCCUCCUCCCACUGCACAGAGCUCUGCACCCCCCACGCCGCUUCACCCUCCCCCUCCUCCCAUUGCACACAGCUCUGCACCCCCCGCGCCGCUUCACCCUCCCCCUCCUCCCACUGCACACAGCUCUGUGGCCCCCACCCCCCCGACAGCGCAGCCUCACGAGGGGAAGAGACAGCCGGCCAGGGAAGAGGCGGAGAAGAGGCUGUCCGUGUUCCAGGAGAUCAGACAGGGCAUCCUGCUGAAAUCGGUCCCCAGUGUGGACUGUGCUGCCCCCGCCACAGCUCCUGAACCAGGUGGCAUCGUGCUGGCUCUCAUCGAGGCCAUGAACAAGAGGCACCGGGCACUCCACUCCUCAGGCGAGGAUGAGAGGAGCGAUUCCGAAGAGGACUCGGACGAGUGGGAUUAGCGACAGAUCUUUGACUCGUUCACUGCAGGAAGGAGUCACCGCUAGUCCUGGUCUCGGGGUAACUUCGUUCGAUGGGUGCUGCCGUCCGCUAUGUUUGUUUCUCUGCACUUCAUCAGGGCUGGCGAUUGGGUGUGGUUUCGAUUGACCCUGUGGAUUCACAAGCAUCUCCUAGAUUUCAUUUCUGUAGUCUAUUUGGUAUUCUCUAUGCAGUGAUGAUUUUAUUGUAGGGCGUGUGUUCUGUACUGUAGGGUGUUUUUAAGGGUUCCGGGUUUAAAGGAAGUUUUGUUCAUUUUAAAAUGUUUUGUUUUUGUAGUUUUUUUUACCUAAAAACAAAUAUGGUCUUGUUUUUAAUUGUGUGUAUUUUGUAAUAAUAAUAAUAAAAGAAUCUAAAUGGGAAAUGAUUUGUUAUACAUAUGAAUUUAAAUUAAAGCAAGUAAUGUGGUAUUGUAAAUAGUUUUAUGUGUGCUUAGUCAAUAACGCACCUAUGUGUUGAAACACAUUGAAUAAAGAUUCAACGUCUUUCCCAUGAA